AGUGAGAGCUGUCUAUAUGGGUAGACCGGUUAUAACUGUUAGAAAAUUUAUCAUCGAAUUUUAACGAACAAUUUAUUGGCGAUUACGUUUGGCAGUGAUAAGAUAUUGAUUGAGUGAGAGAGAAAGGCAUAGUUGAUUUGAAUAGUCGUGAUAUUCGUCGUCUUUUUUCUGUUCGUUAAGUGUUGAAUAUUUUCCACUGCAAGUCACUUUGUACGUGGCAGUCUAUAUUUAAAGCGGUGAGCCAAUUGUUUUUUGUUCGUCCAAAUAUGGCUCGUCGAAAUCAAGCGAAUGAAAGUGAAGACAUCGCCAGAACACUUGUGGGAGUGGCAGCUGGUGCUGCCGUAGCAUUCGGUGCUUACAAACUGUUUAAUUCCGUUUUCGGAUCUGAUGAUGGCCCAGUUCAAUAUGAAGCCGCCCAUACAAGUUCACGGCACAGUCUUACUGCAAGGCCUCUCCCAAUCAGAUCUACCCAUCACCAAUUCCCGUUAAAUUGCAAAAUUGUCGUCGCUGAAACACAAAAUGAAUGUCGUGACGCAAUAAAUUUGCUGCAAUCGCAUUGCAACGAAUAUCCUGUACUUGGCUUCGACUGUGAGUGGGUGUCGGAGACUGGUGGCCGUCGAAAGAUUGCACUGUUACAAUUGGCAUCAUAUCGUGGCUUAUGCGUCCUUAUCCGAUUGUGUGAUUUGGAAACAAUUCCGUCGCCACUGAAGGACAUCUUGAAGGAUGACGAUAUCUUGAAAGUUGGAGUAGGAAUAACGCGUGACGCACAGUAUUUGUCGCAAGAUUAUGGCCUAUCGGUAUUAUAUACACUUGAGUUGGGCUACAUGGCGGAUGUGGCCAAGUGCGAAGGUAUUAAGAAAAGUCUAGAUUUUUUGUCGGAAAAAUAUCUCGGGCAUCCUCUGGGAAAGGAAUUCGCUGUUCGAUGCAGCGAUUGGGAAGCAUAUGCGUUGACUGAUAAACAGAUUGAGUAUGCGGCUCUUGAUGCUCUGGUUGCUAUUGAACUGUUCAAUGUAUUUGCGCAAAAAAUUGAUCCGACGAUGCAUUCCAACCGUUUGCGAAGAGUUUUCGACGCUUGCUCUGAAUAUUUGGGUAGGAGUGACAGGUAAAUCUGCGUACGUCUUGUUAGCUGAGUCGGUAUAUUUUCCGUUUAGUAAUUUUACUCGGCUGUAUUUUAAAAAUAAAGUUUGGCAUUUAUGAAAGUCUA